ACUCCCAUUGUCUUCUCCUUUUCUCGCUGUACUCACGCUGUCUGUAUCCCACUAUCUCAUUUCUUAUCCCUCAAAACUAAAUUUGAAAGCCAGAAACCACUGCACACGGCGCACCAUUGGGUUUUCUUGACCGUCGGACCUGGUGGCUGCUAACUGGUAGCUGAAGGGUUCGCUUUUUUCUCUAAAAAUGGGGUGUGCCCAGUCUAGAAUUGAGAACGAAGAAUCAGUGGUUCGUUGCAAGAACCGGAAGAACUUGAUGAAAGAUGCGGUUGUGGCUCGCAACGCCUUCGCCGCCGGUCACUCUGGUUACGCCAUUUCGUUGAAGAACACCGGCGCUGCCUUGAGUGACUACGGUCAUGGAGAAGCCGAAGAGCCUCUCGAACACCAGCAUGAGAUUCCUCCUCUUGACGCCACACCUCAGCCGCCUCCUCCGCCGCCCAUGUUGGACAACCUUCCACCGCCGCCUCCACUUCCUAAUUUCUCCCCUAGCCCCGUCCCGCCCAUCAAACGCACCGUUAGCAUGCCGGAAAUGCCCAUCAAGAGUCGUAAGGAGUUCGAUGCUUCCCUCGCCAUUGAAGAAGAAGAUGAGGAAGAAGGUGAAGAAGUACAUCACCUAGAAAACGAGGUACUUGAAAAAAAUCACAAUGAAGGGCCUCACAGGGAGGAGAUAACGGCAUCAACGACAUCGGAGAACAACAAUGUGACCCGCCACCCUCCGCCGAUGCCGGAAGCUAAAAACAUGGCUUGGGAUUACUUCUUUAUGGUCGAUAAUAACAUGCCGGGUCCGAGCUUGGAUUUGAACAACAAUCACAACGAAACCGACACUCGAAAUGCCAACGCUUUGGAGAACAAUGUCAACGGUGUGGGUUUUACUGGUGAUAACGAGAUUGAGCCCAAGACGCCGGAGAGGCCGGAGAAAGUGACGGCAAUGGCGAUGGCUAUGGAGAUGGAUGAUGUGAAAGGGAAGCAGCCUAUACAGAUCGAGCAUUCAAAAACGGCUCCGGCCGAUUUCAGGAGAGUGAUGAAGGCCGUUUCUAGUGUGAAUUUGAUGCUGGUUUUGAAUGAGAUCGAUGACCAUUUCUUGAAAUCCUCAGAGAAUGCUCAAGAGGUUUCUAAGAUGCUUGAGGCUACUAGGUUGCAUUAUCAUUCCAAUUUUGCUGAUAAUCGAGGACAUAUUGAUCAUUCCGCAAGGGUAAUGCGUGUCAUUACAUGGAACAAUUCUUUCAGAGGUAUGACGAAUGGUGAAAUCGGGAAGGACGAAUUUGAUUCGGAAGAGUACGAGACUCAUGCCACUGUUUUGGAUAAGUUGCUAGCAUGGGAAAAGAAACUUUACGAUGAAGUAAAGCAAGGAGAGCUGAUGAAGCUCGAGUACAAAAGGAAGGUGGCUUGGUUAAACAAGCAAAAGAAACGAGGAGCUAGCGCUGAAUCUUUGGAGAAAACGAAAGCAGCUGUAAGUCAUCUUCAUACGAGGUACAUAGUUGACAUGCAGUCCAUGGAUUCAACAGUGUCUGAAGUUAACCGGUUACGUGACGAGCAGUUAUACCCCAAACUUGUUACGCUUGUUGAUGGGAUGGCGAACAUGUGGGCAAGCAUGUGCAUACAUCAUGAUAGCCAACUCAAUAUCGUUGAAAAGCUUAAAUCUCUUGACAUUGCACUCGCAUCCAAAGAAACAACGAAGCAACACCAUGAUCGCACCAUCCAACUUCAUAAUGUAGUCCAAGAAUGGCAUUUGCAAUUCGAGAAGCUCGUCACUCAUCAAAAGCAAUACAUACUAGCUCUCAACAACUGGUUAAAGUUGAAUCUCAUCCCUAUCGAAAGCAGCUUGAAAGAGAAAAUCUCAUCUCCUCCACGAGUUCAAAACCCUCCCAUCCAAGCACUUCUCCACGCUUGGCACGAUCAUCUCGAAAAGCUUCCCGACGAGGUCGCUAAAUCCGCCAUCUCUUCAUUCGCAGCCGUGAUUAAAGCCAUAAUCAUUCAUCAAGACGAAGAGAUGAAGCUGAAAGAAAAAUGCGAGGAAACACGGAAGGAAUUCUUGCGCAAGAGCCAGGCAUUCGAGGAAUGGUAUCACAAGUAUAAGGAACGGAAAUCCGUGUCGGAUGAAAUAGAUACAGAAAGAGGUGAAGACGCUAACACCAAGGAUCCCGUCUCCGAAAGGCAAGUCGCAGUAGAGAGCUUGAGAAAGAGGUUGGAAGAGGAAGUUGAAGCUCACAGAAAGCAUUGCAUUCAAGUACGAGAGAAAUCUGUAGGAAGCCUCAAAAUCCGAUUGCCGGAGAUAUUCCGUGCUUUGUCGGAUUAUUCCCAUGCCUGCUCCGAUGCUUAUGAGAAGUUGAGGGCUGUCACUCAGUCAGAAAACACAAAUGGCUCCCCUUUAUAAUUAAAUUUAUUUAUGGUAUCUUAUUGAACUGCAGCUAUUAGGCUGGAUUGGCAAUGCAAUGUAGUAAUCUAUUAUUGGGACUUGAUUGUGCUCAUAUUC